AUGUCAGGGUGUAGCGUCCGCCAGGUUUGGCGGGGCGACUUGGAUGUGGCGAUGGAGGACGUCCGGGCGCUUACGGAGAAGUACCCCUACGUGUCCCUGAAUGUUCUUUGGGCGGGAUUCGUGGCGCGUCCUAUAUGUUGUCAUGAGUAUGCGUACGCGUCUGUGAAGGACGCGGUCGACCUUUGCGAUCCGCUGCAGAUAGGCCUUUCGUUCGCGGACUCGCAUGGCCGCAAGCCUAACUAUUCGGUUCAGUUCAACCUCUAUUUUCCCAGGAACUGCCUCGUCCAGGAGACCAUGGACACCCUUAUUUCCCAAGGCUACGACGCUGCCAAAGCCGCCUUACACGGGAUUGAAGCCAAUGACUUCGCAGAAGCAAUGCUUACCAGUGAACUAGUGACCAACGAAGACAUACGCUGGAUUACUUACCAUGGCUCAUACGACCUCGGAUUCGUCUACCGGGCAUUAACGACUUCUCAGCUGCCGGAAACUCGGGACGAGUAUAUCCGGAAUAUUACUGAGUAUUUUCCGUACUUGUAUGAUGUUAAGACAAUGUUGUGUUCAAAGUUCGGACAUCGCGACCUGCCUGGCGGCUUACGGUCGGCCUGUGACUUCCUCGGCCUAGGGUCCCUACCGAUUGUGGUUAACCCAGACGCUUCCUCCCGGGCCGGGAUAAAUUCCUUGUUGGUUAGCGCUUGUUUCUUCAACGCUCUAGGGCAGUUCUUCGACAACAAAAUUGACGACGCGAAAUUCAAGGGACAACUCUACGGCGUCUAUGAUGACGACCCGCUUGACGACGACCUUUCACCUAAUGGCAGUAUAGGGGUUUCGGCAAAGCUACCCCCAGGGAUGCUUAGACUCAAGCCAGGUACAUAUUCACCCGACGCAAAAAAGGCCACUGGCUGA